AUGUCCACCCCCGACCCAACUGUAUGGGCUGCACCCAAUGAUGUAGAAGGAUUCAGGCAGAUGUAUGAGGCUGACUCUACUGAAUUAUUCAACAACAUCGCCACCCUCGUCCAGCACGUCGGCUUCCAAAGGGACACCCUUCAUACACAACUUACCGCCGCCAAUGAAACUAUUGACAACCUCGAGGGGCAGAUAAACCGGCUCAACCUCGACCUCAAUAUCGCCCGUGCUUCCUCCGCCCCUACCGUCGCUGUCCCCGUUGCCGCUGCUCCCCCACCUGCUCCUGUCCCCACCUUCAGGUCUGAAAAGUUUCCAGACCCUGAAAAAUUCGAUGGCACCCGCACCAAGCUCCCCAGAUUCAUCACCCAACUUCGGAUGAAACUUGAAGUCAACCACGAUCGGUUCCGAAACGAGGCAGCAAAGGUUAUUUAUGCCGUCAGUCACUUGGAAGGAAGGGCCCUUGACCAGGUCAUUCCACUCAUUAAUGCUAACCCUGCUGCCCCCUUUUCGUCCAUCACUGCCUUCGUUGCCCACCUGGAAGCCUCGUUUGGAGACCCAGAUCCCCAGAAUACCGCCCGUCCCCAACUCGUCGCCCUGAAGCAAGGGAAAGGGGACUUCGCCAACUAUUACUCGCAGUUCCUCCAUAUUGUGGCCUACCUAGACUACAAUGAAGGAGCCAAGAUCGGUGCCCUGACCGAAGGACCGUCGGAAGACCUGAAGGACGCCAUAACAUACCAGGCAGAUAGGCCUAACACCAUAGAGGCAUAUGCCACCAUGUUAAUGACAAUUGACAACCAGGUUCAGGGGCAUAAAGCUGAACAACGGGCCAUUCGGAAUACAAUGGGACAAUUCACCGCCCCCGCUGCUGUCGCACACCCAUCUCAUACCGCUGGAGGCCUCGCCCCAAUGGACCUCUCCGCUCUCCAAAGCCACCCCACUCAACGUCCUGCCAUCGAACAACGAUACACUUUUAUCAAUGGACAACGCAAAACCUCUGCCGCCGAAAAACAAUGGCGAAGGUACAACAAUCUCUGUAUGUACUGCGCCAACUCCGGUCAUGUCUUUGCCAACUGCCCCUCUGCCAAUCGCCCGCGCGGUAACCAACCGGUUAUGAGAGGCGCCCUCCUCGCACCCAGCCAUACGGCCGUCGACCCCGCUGCUCCACCGGUCGCUAGUCCCGCCUCCUCUGGGUCGGGUUUUCAGUAG